AUGGACACUAAAAACCAUGGAAUGUAUCCCUCGCGAAGCAAAACGUUCGCGAGGGAGGCCACCGAUCAGAUAGGCUUACGUGUUCGUUGCACGGUUGGACCAGCUGAACUCUCAGCUCGUAACGAGUACUGGAUCUGGACCUCGCAAACGUUGCCGCCGCAGUUCAAUACCAACAUCGUGGAUGACGCUGGUGAAAGACAGAAACGGAUGGAAACAGUACUGUGA